UUUCUUUCCGACGGAGAACUUAAAUCUCCGACAAUAUUUAGGUUAAUUUGAACACUAUUCUCCACGUUAUUGUCGUUUUGUACGUCGCUGUUACAAUGUCAACAGACCAAGAGGCAAACCAGAAACAAGAAACUCUACUUUUAUUUGAGAUUUUAGUGGAAAAUAUUCAAAUUGACGGCGAAAAGAAAAUAUCCGACGUGCUUGCUGUAGGAAUACGACUGCUGGACUUCCCGACGCUGCUUGUUAAUCCCCCUGAAUUUGGAGGAGGUAACGACAUUCGGUACCGACAGCAGGACAAUAACAAUCGAUGGGUAUAUUCAUUUAACAGAGGCAAGUCUUGCUUCUUCGAAAUGAAUUUGGACUCCUUGCAUACGCAACUCAUCAGCACCCCUCUGUAUGUUAUGAUUCUCGAUGUGAAAGAGGAAAUACCCAAAUUAAUAGGGACAUCUCUCAUCUCGUUGGCGACAAUUGUGAACAGAAUCAAACAUGAUUCCACCGAACAUGAUGUCACUGGUUGCUCCUCAUAUGGAGAGAGGGGGGUUGUGUGUGUAAACAACCUUGCAGAGGAGCCAGUCGGAGUUAUUUCCCUGAGUUAUAAACUCCUAAUUGUUGGAGGGGGUCUGCCACCACAUGUGACCCAAAAAAUUCCUGUCUACAGGGAACAGUGUCCUCAGGUGGACAUUAUGAAGAAGAAUGCAAGGGAAAAAUUACAUUCUGGUUCUAUGAUACAUCCGUUUUUCGCGCAGGAUGACUAUGGUGGUGGCGAUAUUGUGGACAAACAAGCUGAGUCCACUCAGACUGGACAUAACCCAAUGAGUCAAAUACACAACACAGUCGAAGCACACAAUAGUUUUGAAGAGGACCUUGCGGUGUUUUGCCCUCCACGUCUUUACUAUUGCAAUUCUGGCAAGGAAAAACACAAAACCCAAGGAAGUGAGUACAGAUUAAUUAAACCAGAUUCAUCAGUUGUAACAUAUGAAGAGUCAUUCUCUAAAAUUGAACAUUUCUCAGCGACGGACCAGGCAUCAAAAAGUACACCUAAGAAAACAGCAAGUGUAGCUACAAAUGUCACUGAGGAAGCUUUGAGGCCACUUCCUCUCCUAAAUGCUCUUUUUGUCGAACUUUCACAGUUAAAUGUCCAAAACUUGCACCAGCUGACUGUGUCAAGUCAUCGAGACUCGCUGUCUGUUUGUAAACAUUCUUCAACUGAGGCUUUAGAUGGACAAGGAAGCACACCAAAGACUUCAAAAUCAAUGCCAGAGCAGGAACGCAGGCGAGGCUACGGUUCUUACUUGAAACAUUCGCAUUACCCCAGAAAUGUAUCUCCAAAAAAUAUGAAAGCUGACCCUGGUGUACCCCUGCAAAACAACCAAGCUAAGGCUUUAGUUGAAAGUAAAGCACACGGGAAAAAACUUGUAUAUGGGACAACAAAAUCAUACAAUCUAAGAUGCAAGAAAAACAACAAUAUGAUGAAACAACAGGACUGUAUGGUGUCACAUACAUCUGCUGAUGAAACAGGUCCAAGUGUGAGUAAGGGGAAGAAAACAGUGAAACAAAAUAGUUUGAUUCCUAAAGAAAAUGCAAAGAACACCGAAAACAUGGAAAUGUUUUCUGUAGUGGAGGACACGACAAAGCAUGACGAUAGGUCAGAGUGUGAAAGUCCGAAGCAAGACGAAACUCUGUUGGGUUUAAUCCCUAUCAUCAAUGAUGAUGAUGAUGCCUCAAGCAGAAAGCUACCUAAAAUGAGCAUGACAUGGACUAAGUCAGAGAGCCACAAUGUGAAACUUAACUCUUGUAGGAAUAGUAGAGACAGCAGCCACGAGUCUUCACAGUCAGAGAGCCACAAUGUGAAACUGGACUCUGGUAGAAAUAGUAGAGACAGCAGCCACGAGUCUUCACAGUCAGGCUCUGAAAAAGGAGACGACUACGACGACGACUUCAACAGUUUUGACGCCAGUGAUACAGACAACCUCAGUAGUCCCGAGCCGGCUCAAGAAACACCUCAGUUCCUCCAUAGAUUCCACGCAUCAGAUUUGGACUCCGAACCUGUUGAGGAAAGACCCCGCAUCCCUUCACCUAUUAGAGGUCAAAGUCCUGUACAGCGGAUUCUAAGAGGCACACACCUAAUCCAACCUCAAACACAAGGCGCUGCACUCAGUUUUUCUUCUAAUGAGGAUGACAAGGAUGUACCAGCCUUCUUGCAAAUGAUGUCCUCCAAGGAACAACAGAAUAAUGACAAUUCUGCAGCGACGGCAUCAAGAGGCCAAAAGAGUGCAAGCAGCAGCCUUGUGUGGGAAGGUUCUUUAAACUCUCUGUCCUCCAGUCCACUGGAGGCUGAGGAACUGGAAGAUGAUCUUGGAUCUUUGGACUUUAAAAAGGAGUAUCAACAUAUUUCUGAACUUGUGGGCUUCAAGCUCCCUGGUUACACAAUGUAAACAAUGUCUUCACCACAUUCACACAGGCUUCAUCAGCUUCCAAUAUUGCACAUAGUAGAGUUAAGUUUACACAUUAUUUAUUCUUACUACCGUACAUUUUGAAAAGAAACCCUCUCAUGCAACCUUUUUUCAUUGUUUUAAUGAUGUACUUGUUUUUGAAAGUUUAUUACCCAUAAAAAUUAGGUAUAAGCUUUGAUUUGACAUUUCAGGAUGAAGCUCAAAUGUAUAACCUUCAGGUAUGCAAUUUUUUUGUCUUUAUGACAUUUGCACCCUGCACGAUCACAGCAAGUUUUUGUUAUUUCAAAAAUAGUACUGUUCUGUAUGUUUUAUGUGGAGCAUUAAACAAUAUAGUUUUGCUAGUUGCAGCACACUUAAAAUGUCCAGUACGUAAUUGGUCAGUUUGCAGCAGGUUUACUUACAAUACUGAAUGACAAAAUUCACUGUUCGAUCCAUGACUAUAUCCUAGGACAUGAAUUUAUAUGCCUUUCUCUGACUUCCAAGUUUCUCUGUACCUCUGUUGCAACCUGAUGAUGACACUGUGACUCACUAAGCUGUGAUUCACCCGCUAAUUCCUUCUGAAAGCAACCUAAUUUGGAGCCAAGCAAAGGCAAGGUAAAUUUGACAAAUUGUUGCCAAUGUUAUUUCAUGAGGUCCAAAUGUUGACAGGAUGAAUACUAGACAGUUUUAAUUCAAAUUCUUAGCGAACUAAAAAUGUAUUACCUUAUUCAUGACCACUUAAUUGUUGAAUAACAAGUUGUGUGAAACUAGCCAGUUGGACAUGUAAUUCAAACAGAUUAGUAAAAGUCAAUGUUCACCUGUGAGGUUAUGGUACCUUUUAAGUCCAACCUAAAAUUUUAACUUGAAGCUUAAACAGACUGAGUUUUUUAUUUAUUUAUUUAUUUUUGAGAAUUGAUUAUGGUAAAGUAACUCAACAAUACACUUUUCAGCUGUUACUGCAUAAGCAAACAGUAUUUUCUAAAUCCUUUACAUUCCCACCUGUCAAGUCAUUUGAUAGGAAAAUUAAAUACAGUCAAAAUUCAAGUGUAUUUCAUACCAAAUGCAUUGCUUUCCGCACCUGCUGUUAUUGGAUAGGCAAAAAUAAAUACAGUUAAGAUUAGUGUUGUGUUUA